AUGGCCCACGACGUGACCUCGCCGGAGAACACCAUUGCCGUCGCCUUCGUCGUCGAUGCAUCCCUCUCGCUCGCCGCUCAAUGGCACCUCGUCAUCGGCCAAUACGUCGCCCCAAUGCUUAAACGUCUCAGCGAGUCCAAUCCCGGUUUCAGAUUCCGCAUGGCUUUUGUCUCCUACGGUACUGCUGAUACCCGGCCUACACCAUUACUAUGUAAAAGAUUCUUUGCCGACUUUCAGCCUGUGACCAAGCUCAUCAAGGAGGAGCCAUCGAAGCUGGGUAUCGGUCUGUCUUCUUUAGGAACCCACGGAAUGUCGGCCUUAGAGGGCUUUGUUGCGGCGGUAGAGAUGUUUGAUACCCUGCAGAGUUGCUAUAUCCCACCUGAUCCAAAUCGUCCUCCACUCUACCACAUAUUCCACAUUGCAUCUUCUCCGCCGGACGAUCUUGAAUUUCCUCUGUACAACCAGCUGCCGGAGCUCGACUGCAUUACUUGGGAUACUCUGCCUUCUGAGCUCCAGAAGAGAAAUAUCCACCUAAGCAUUAUCGCCCUGGACUCAUCACUUCCCAAGUUCUCGGAGCUGCAGUCUUCGGCCGCUGCUGGUCAGAAGGUGCUGCCUUGGUUUCCAGUGCAUUCCCAGCAUGCACUCUGCCUUUCUGGUUUCCCCGUGUAUCAGGCUGCGCUACCCAAAACGACCCCCCAAAAGCGCGCUCAUGAAGUCAUCUCUGUCGACGACAAGAUGGAUGUGAAACGCGUGCGACUUUCCCAGCCCAAUGAAAAAUCGACGCCUACUCCCACUCCCUCUGUUGCGCCAACUCGUCCACUCCCCUCUCAGCCUGUUGCGAAUAACCCCAUUCAUCACCCGCCUCAAAAUACACCGCCUCAGAUACCGAUGCCGAGUCCCCAGCAAUUAUUUGAACGCUUCCGACAGGAAGACGCCAAAAUGCGUGAGCUAAACAAAGCGAUGGUAGAUGCUCGUGGUCGGGGGGAAAUUGCGCGCGCCGAGAUCAUUCAUCAGGAGAUAACCAAGAGAAUGCCUCAGCACCAGAAACUUCGUCAGGUCGUCUUCGCUGUGAUGAGAACUCCCCAAAUGGCUGCGAUGAGACAGCAACUAAUGCAGGGGCAGCUAGCCAAUCAGGGAAACUCGGCGAAUGCGAUCGCAAAUCCGGCCACCGAGACCCUAAAAGUUCCACAAGGCUCAUCACCCGCGCAAGGGUCCACAGCCGCGUUUCCUCCCAACGACGGAGCAAAUCCUCCGACAAACAAUUUCGUGCCACCGCAAGGAAUGCACAUUCGAUCUGUCUCGAAUCCCGGCGAGAUCAGUCAAGCUCUUAACGCAGCUAGAAUGCAAAUGCCGCCUGGCACAGCUGCACAAAUGCGAAUGGUCAUUGAGCAACAAAAUCGGACGGGACAACCUCCAUCGCAACAUCUGGGAGCGGGUCCGUCGAAGAGUUCUCCCAAUAUGAUGGUGAACGUGCCUUCUGGUUCAAUUACUUCGACGCCACCGAUGAAUAUGAUGGCGGCGGGGGACCAUCCACCGAGUAAUGCUACACAACCACCCCAGCCACAACCAAAACAAUCUUUCAAAACCCCGGUGUGGCAGGGGACGCUUCGCUGGAGCGGUGUUGAUGCAAACGGGAAGCGGGAGAUGCAGGUACAUGUUGUGGCGUUCGCUCAGAAUCCCGCUGACUGUCAUGCCAAUACUUGGCCGGCAUCAUUUAUGCUUACGCCCACGGUCCAUUCUUCUGUAUCGACGCAGGAUUUGCAGGUGUGGGUCAAGAAGACACAACCUGUGUUGUGUACCUUUGCGGCUCAGCCCCGUAUUGCGGAUCCCAAGACGAACGAGCUUCAGUACAGAUCUUUGAUUGCGCUUCUUCUAAGUAAGAAAGUGUAUGCUGUCGCUGCGUGGACGCGACCCUCAGGCAUCCAAGAUACCAAUGCCCUGUUGUUCCCCAUAAAUGCUCAAGGACUUGUAGGCGCCUUUUUCCCUCUCAACGGCAUGCCCGAGCUGCCAAAGCCUACGAACCCAGGGCCGCUCAACUUUCCGAUGGCACCUCACAUGAUGGCUACCCUAGCCAAGAUGCCUCCGGAGCAGCGGAAUGCGGUCAUGACCCAAUUUGCUAUGGCCCAGCGGGUCCGUGCUGCCCAAGCCCAAGCCCAAGCCCAAGCCCAAGCCCAAGCAGCGGCUAGCAAUAAUGUUGCAUCUUCGUCUGGGCCAUCUGGGUUUACAUCCCAACAGCCUCCACAGACGAUUCAGCAGCAGUUCCAGCAACAUCAACAACAGCUACAGCAGAAGCAGCAGCAGCAAGCAUCGCAACAACAGUCGUUUAGUGGCGGCCAGCCGUAUACUGGUGCUGGGGUGGUUCCUCAGGCAAAUAACAUGAUGAACUUUAAUGCACAGCAGACACAGAUGUCUGCGUCGCUCCCGAGACCUGUGCAGCCCAAGGGGGGGUUCAGUCAUGAGAUUUUGCAGUCGUUUAUGCAACGUAGUGCGGAGGGUGGGGGAGGCACGUAGUUUGCUACUCGGUGGGAUCUUGGGAGCACGCAUAUCUUGGUUGUAUCGGUAUCACUAUUGACAUAGAUUGUAUUUUUAUGAUGUACUUCAUACUUAAAUAUUAUCCACUAGUAUUAGUGGGUCACCGGGCCGCAACCGACC